CUUAUUCUCGCCUCUAGAUGACGCUGUGGGACAACAUGAGUUUUUAUAAACACUUGCACGUGCUGUGAGUCUCUCAAGCUGUUUUUGCAUCCCAAUAAAUCAAAAAGAAACGCCGGUUUGGGGAAAAAAAAAAAAAAAUCAUUAUUCGACGGCAUUGUAAACACAUUCUACAAAGAUUAAUAAAAAACAGCAAACAAUCUGGAAUGAACCCACAGAACGCAUGAACGCAAUGAACAGCCUCUGGAUGGGCAACCUGGAGCCCUACAUGGAUGAAGAGUUCAUCUCCAGAGCUUUUGCUCAUAUGGGAGAAACAGUGAUAGGAGUCAGACUGAUCCGAGACAAAAUAACUGGGCAAAAUGCAGGCUAUGGCUUUGUGGAGCUGAUAGAUGAAACAUCAGUGGAGAGAUGCCUCCGCAAAGUGAAUGGAAAACCUUUGCCCUUUGCCACUGCUCCUAAGAGGUUCAAGUUGAGUCGUGCCACCUACGGGAAACAUGGUGACAGCUGCUCUACUUCCUCCCUCUUCGUCGCCGAUCUCACCCCGGAUGUGGAUGAUGGCAUGUUGUAUGAGUUCUUUCAUUAUCAUUUUUCGUCCUGCUGCAGUGGGAGGGUCGUUCUGGACAGCAGUGGAUACUCAAAGUGCUGUGGCUUUGUGAGUUUUGAGAGCGAGAGAGAGCGGAGACGGGCUCUGGCAGAACUCCAGGGUGCUUCUGGACUCGGGAGGAAACCUUUACGCCUCAGUCUGGCUGCAAAUAAACUGAAGAAGAAAGAGUCGUCUGAGAAUGAAAAUGGUCAAUUCCAAGCAGAAAGCUACAACAGCCAUAACUUGUAUCUGAACCAGUAUUAUUACUCACAGUAUGACAGCCAUUUGUCUACAUAUGACUGGAACUAUGAUUACAACUACAUAGAUCCUUCCCAGAUCAUCGCACAGGAUGAAGAGAUAGAAGACGAUGGCCUAGAGUAUCCAGACUCUGAGAUAAAUGUGAUGGAGGCAAAUGAGAUAUUUAUGGACCAGAGUGAGGAACUGUACAGCGCUCUGAUGGGUUGUUUCUUCCAGCCUCCUGAAUCAUGGGACGGGGUCACCUGUAGCGUGACGUGUUACCUCCCAGAGCCAGUUUAUCAGUACUGA